AUGUCUAAGUCAUGUCUCAUGUCCUCCAUCCACACAGGUCGUCCAAGAAGAUCAUCUUAUGAUGAUCGUCCACGUUGGUUGAGAAGGUUAGAAGAACGUCGGGAAUAUGAAUUGGAAAUGGAACGAGAACUGAAUUUAGAAGUAUAUGAAAAAGAACAAGAACAAAUGGAACAACAACAGUUAGAAGAAUGGAUAAUAUUCCGGCCAAAAAUAUAG